AUGUGUGUAUACCGGACGCAGGCGUCAACCAGGCUGGCAGCGUUGGAGGAGGCUGCCGAGGGGAGGACGGCGUCUUACCAGAGGGAGAUCCUUCACCUGCAGCAGCUGCUGAGAGAGAGACAGGAGGCUGAGGAAAAACUGCUGCAGUCCAAACGGGACGUGGAGGAGGAGCUGGAGGUGGUGUGGCAGGCAGCAACGCGGGAGAACCAGCAGAUGAGGAAGACGCUGAUGGACACAAAACUGGGCGGGGACCUGUCGGGCUGGGGGCUUUCUGAUACCUCCCCUCCUGACGUCCCUGCCCAGACUUCAGAGGAGACCGCCAAAUCCUCCCAGCUUCAGCAUAAGCACGGGCUGGAUUUCUAUUGCUAAACGCCUGGAGACUGAACCCGCAGAGGUCUGUGCCAGCAUCUGAACAUCUGGGUCAAAAAAAAAAAAAAAACACACAAGAAAACUGUAAAACUAGGAAGAAUUCUAUGUACAGAUGAGGAUGUUUUGACCUUAAAAAGCACUUUAAUGACCUUUUCAGCUCUCGCAGAGUUUAACUGUUUUUUUUUUUUUUUAACAUAUUUGUCUUUCACAAAUGUGCCAAGAACAACUGAAAGACACCUGGAGAGUUCAAGGAGAAAUGUCCCAAAGUCAAAAGGGCAAUGGUGCCAUCUACUGGACACAAGUGGCAACCACAUUAUUGAUUGAUGACGUUAGUGAGCUAAUGAGCAGCCGAUGACCAGGCAGUGUCAGUGUAAAUCCCUAUUUCCUCAUUACAGCAACCCUGCUGUCUGCACAGCAAAUUAACUUGCUUAUCACCCAAAUAGGAGCAAUAAAAUUGACCCACUUGAAAUGUAGAUUUACUUGAAGGAGAUUCAGAAUUAAUGAGAUGUGAAGCGAGUUUUCUGUAAUAAAAAAUAAAAAAACAUAUUUGAUAAAUGGUAUAUAUUUGUAUAUCUGCAUUUUAGCCUAAUGCGUAGAGGCUUGUUGGUAAUUAAUAAAGUAAGAUUUCACAUCUGUGAGCCUAAUUUUCCGUGUAUUUAUUAUGAAACCGUGAGAUAGAAUGUUGUGAAGCUGGUCAUGCUGUAUGUUGUGACUGCUGCUGGCAGAAACAUUUAAUCUACCAUAACUCAAAGCAAAUUGAUUUAUUCUGAAAUGUUUUCCUGUGACUCACUGUGUGCUGCAAAGUAGUGAGAGGUAAUACUAAAAUAAAGGUGGUCACAUUUUGGUACCCGUGACUAUACCUGGA